AUGUUUGCCAAGUCCUUCCUUAUCGCCGCUGCGGCCAUCGCCCAGCAAGCCGCCGCCGUCUCUGUCUCUGGCACCCCUGAGGGUUUCGCCGCCGACGUGACCGGAGGAGGCUCUGCCACCGCCGUCACCCCCACCACCAACGACGAGCUGGUCUCGUACCUCGGCGACUCCACGGCCCGCGUCAUCGUCCUCACCAAGACGUUCGACUUCACCGACGCCGACGGCACCGCCACCGAGACCGGCUGCGCCCCCUGGGGCACCGGAUCCGCCUGCCAGGUCGCCAUCAACAAGGACGACUGGUGCACCAACUACCAGAGCUCUGCGCCCUCCGUCUCUGUCUCCUACAACAAGGCUGGCCUGAACCCUAUCAAGGUCGGCUCCAACAAGUCAAUCAUCGGUAGCGGUUCUUCCGGUGUUAUUGUCGGCAAGGGUCUCCGCCUCGCCGGCUCCAAGAACGUCAUCAUCCAGAACAUCAAGGUUGAGAACAUCAACCCCAAGUACGUCUGGGGAGGUGACGCCAUCACCCUCGACUCUACCGACCUUGUCUGGAUCGACCACGUCACCACCUCCAAGAUCGGCCGUCAGCACCUCGUCCUCGGCACCUCCGCAUCCGGCCGCGUCUCCGUCACCAACAACGAGUUCGAUGGCAAGUCCGACUACUCCGCCACCUGCGACGGCCAGCACUACUGGAACGCCUACUUCGCCGGCAGCAGCGACACCAUCACCCUCAAGGGCAACUACUUCCACGACUUCAGCGGCCGCGCCCCCAAGGUCAACGGCAACUCCUUCGUCCACGCCGUCAACAACGUCUUCGAGACCUCCACCGGCCACGCCUUUGAGGUCACCUCCGGCGGCUACGUCCUGCUCGAGGGUAACGUCUUCAAGAACGUCGCCGCCCCCAUCGAGUCCGGCGGCGACGGCGCCAACCUCGCCAUCACCUCCGACAACGCCUCCACCUGCUCCUCCAAGCUCGGCCGCUCCUGCCAGGCCAACAGCUUCUCCAGCUCCGGCUCCUACGCCGGCACCGACAGCUCCGUCCUCAACAAGUUCGGCAGCGCCGACAUCCCCGACGCCGUUGCUGCUUCUUCCGUCAGCAGCUCCUCUGCCGGCUACGGCAAGCUCUAA